AUGGGCAGUUCCACUCGCGAGAGAAAUGAGGUUGAUUCAGCCAACAGGUCGCUACUCUUCGUUGCCGUCGAAGAAAACAAGCUCGAAGCAGCCAACCACCUCAUUGCCUUUGGUGCAGAGUUGGAUACUGUGAGCGGGAACAAAACGGCUCUCGGUAUCGCCGCAAUGAAAUCCGGGUCAACCAGGGGAACGGCGCCUUUCGCUCAUCAGAUGUUGGAAAAGGGUGCGUCACCCAAGGCAGGUAUGAACCAGGAGGUAUUCAGUCUGUUAUGCGCCUCCGCCGCUGGCGAUUUCAGCAAAGUAGAAGCCCUCUUAAAGAACAACACCAAGGACAGCUCUUCAUUCUCUCUGGUUAACGGCACGGAUCAGCUGGGACACACGGCCCUUCACGUAGCUGCAUGCUUUGGUCGAUACGAAGUCGCAAGCCUGCUUAUUGCUUCUGGUGCCAAGACUGACGCAGAGGUCGCCCUUGGAGGCCAAGGGGCUAUUCAUAUGACAGUCUUGGAACGUCCACUUUGUCUCUACUUGGACGCAGAUCAUCAGAGUCACUUACCAAAGUACCAGCAGCUGACACAGGAUCACGCGACUACCAUGAACCUUCUGUUGGAGCACAACGCUUCGCUCAGACACAAGCGAGAUGGCAAUGCAUACACCGUUGAAGCAUUGAUCUCUGAAAGAGUCCAAGAUUCAAGGGGGUUGAACACAUUUGAGAUGUCGAUUUUCCAGCAGAUGCUUAUGAUCCUGGAGUACCACUCCCACAAGACCGAAGAAAAUGAUGACGCCGUUCUUCACGGCGGCGGCGAUGUUCAACUGGACUUCAGUCGCAUAAAGAUCCAGCAUUACACGCCAAAUGGCGAACGUCCAAUUCCGGGAGAUAAGAGACUUAGAACUCUAAUGGAGAGUCUUCAAGAGUCUAGCCAAAAUUUUGAGAAUGGGAGCUGGAGGUGGAUUCACCUGUUCGAGAACGUAAGUCAAACAGCGCAUCUGUGUCGCUGA